CCCUCAUCGGACGGCUAUGAAAGCAUGAGCAAAUCGAAGUUAUCCAGUGGAGAACGUAUUCUUAGACUUGGGAGACUCCUAGAAGAAUCAACGAACUCACAGGAGAGGGAUUAAAAAAAAUGGAUGAAGAGGAGCAUGAGGUAUACGGAGGUGAAAUCCCCGACGAUGGAGAGAUGGAGGGCGAAUUAAACCCUCACAACGGCGACGUCGACAUGUCCGCCGCCGAUGAAGACGCUGUAAAGGAGUUAGAUGAAAUGAAGAAACGAUUGAAGGAGAUGGAAGAUGAAGCGGCGGCUCUCCGUGAAAUGCAGGCCAAGGUCGAGAAGGAAAUGGGUGCUGUUCAAGAUCCUGCUAGUGCGCCAGCUAAUCAGGCAAACAAAGAAGAAGCAGAUUCACGUUCUGUUUUUGUUGGCAAUGUUGAUUAUGCAUGCACACCUGAAGAAGUGCAGCAGCAUUUCCAAUCUUGUGGCACUGUAAAUAGAGUUACAAUUCUGGCAGACAAGUAUGGUCAACCAAAAGGAUUUGCUUACGUAGAGUUCCUGGAAGCAGAAGCUGUUCAAGAGGCUCUUGUGCUGAAUGAAACUGAAUUACAUGGCCGACAGUUGAAGGUUUUGCCAAAAAGGACUAAUGUUCCAGGGAUGAAGCAGUACCGUCCAAGGCGAUUCAAUUCUAUGGGUUACCGGGCGAGGAGGCCCUAUGUACCACCUUAUUUUUAUUCUCCUUAUGGGUAUGGAAAGAACUCAUUGCAGGAAGGUUCCUCGAUUCAGGAGGCCAAUGCGGUAUAUGCCCUACUACUAGAAGACUGAGCUAAUGAUGACAUGAUUACCGAGUGUGGGUCGUUUGAUCGAGUAAGUAUAAUUCUUAUUCCAGGCAUUAUGGGCUGAGGAUAUAACCAGGCACUUAAAUUUGCUGAAUGCAAUUUGAACCAAGUGCUAUGUGUGUGCUGUAUGACAUGUCCAAAGUAUGGGAAUAGGUAUAGUUAAUAGUUUGGACAAUAUAUGAAUUAUGGAUGGUGCUGUGCAAUUUUCUCAUCUUAGUUAUGUUUCAUGUUGCUUGAAAUCGUUGUCAAUACUUUGAUGUAGUUGAAUUAAUAGACGGUUGUUAUUUGUAGGGUUAA